UGCCCAAGUAUCCAAACACCCUCCUUUUGUUCCGGUCGCUCUUCAUAAACCCUAGGCGCUAGAAAUCCUCCGCAGCUAAGUCACUGCAACCUCGCAAUAAAUUUCUUUGUUUUGAUCUAAAACCCAAACUCAAGGAACUCGGUCGUAAGCUGGAAUGGCGCCGAAGAAGGAUAAGGCUCCACCGCCGUCAUCGAAGCCAGCGAAAUCCGGCGGUGGAAAACAGAAGAAGAAGAAAUGGAGCAAAGGAAAGCAAAAGGAGAAGGUGAACAACAUGGUUUUGUUUGAUCAGGCAACUUAUGACAAGCUUCUUAGUGAAGUUCCCAAGUACAAGCUUAUUACUCCUUCAAUUUUGUCUGAUAGAUUGAGGAUUAAUGGUUCACUCGCACGCCGAGCAAUUAAGGAAUUGAUGGCCAGAGGUUCCAUUAGAAUGAUAGCUGCUCAUGCCAGCCAGCAAAUUUACACCAGGGCUACCAACACCUAGACAAUCCAAUAUUUGUAUUUUUCUUUCUUUCCCCUGAAAAACAUUGAUGGAAAACUAGUUCCUACUUGUUUUAUUUUCUUUACACCAUGUUGGGAAGAAAGCUUUAAUUUAAAAUUUCUGGGUAGUGGCCAAUUGUUUAUUAUGUCUCUUGGAUUGCUGAGCGAUUUGAUCACCAGAAUCUUAAUAUCUUUUAAUUGUUAACAUAA